CCAGAAUUAGUCAAGAAUCAUGGGCAACAGAACAAGACGGGAGCCAUCCUUCUAUGGCUCGAGAUCAAAGUCUUUUACUUUGGUCACCUCAGAUAAACCUUUGUCGAAGAGAAAUGCGUCCCGUUACUGGCGUGCAGUCCUUCGCACUGGAUGACGAUGAUGAUGACGCGACCAUCGCCUCAGGAGAUUACUGCCGUGGCCCAGAGACCAAACGACAGCGGACGCAUAUGAUCACACAGGGCAUAUCGACACCCAAGAAUACUAUCUCACCACCAUCAAGAACCAAUGAGGACCUCACAGCUGGAUGUUCACAAGAUUUAGAGGCAGACGGACCUGUUGGGGCUACGCCGCUCCCACUGUAUGAGACUCUGCUUCCGCCAACGGCCCAGUCGCCCCCACCUACGUCGGCCCCUAUCAUCAACCAUGACUUAACUACUACCAGUGUUAGUCAGAACCAGCAGAGCCUCUCACAAAUGCAAACAGACGAGGUUGCCACAAGUCACACACUACCAGUGAGCUCUCCCCAUUUAUGGCAAUUUCCGAACACGACAGUCUGGGUUGCGCUAGAAGACCACAUUCCUAUCCCGUCAAAGCAUUUGUCCGUGUGGACUGCCAUUAAAGGCCAACUGCAGUUGGAUCUGGACACAGUUGUCACGGCAAUGGUUGCAGAGCAGGCGAAGGCAACGAACCGGGUGAAGCGGACGGAUACUUCGAGGAGAACGAUCUUCCCCGAGCUCCGAAUGUCAGGUCAUCAACACAAAUUCUUUUCAGACUUGGUCACAGUAUCACCUUGUGUGUGGAUACUCUGUGGCAGCAAAUCUUGUCGCAACAAAGUCCGCCGUCUUAUGCGGCACCGACAGCUUCCCGAGCUCUUUAUGAACCAAGCCGUAGAGAUCCACGAGAGAGCGCCUAGAUUCUCUGCUAUCCAAGCAAUCGUUCCCCUUCCUCAACUUCUUUCCGACAUCGAGAGGCACACUGGGGUUGUUCACGGAAACGGUACCAUACUCUAUCACAUGGAGUCACCUAGAGAAGUGUUCAAGGCCCAGUCAGCGUGUGGCUUACUCUGCUGCGCAACCUUUAUCAAAAACGGCAAAAUAGUCGACCAGCGUAUAUCUCGGAUAGGAGGGCUAUUAUCCGAUAGCACCAAAGACCCAAGACGUCCAAUCGCAAUAACAACCUCUCACGGUCUAUUAAUUUGCUUAUGGGCAGAGAAAGAGGAUACCGAUCCAUCCAUGUCCGCCCGAGAAGACACAAAGCACCCUAUGGAGCUUUGCAGUGACACCGGGGACUAUGAAUCACUGUUGGCAAAUGGGUCAGAUGAUUACUCUGAGUCUGAAAGCGGAACUGAAAGCGGAACUGAAAGCGACACUGACAGCGACUUCCCACCUGGCUCAAGCGGUAACGGAAAUGACGAGCCGAGUUCAGAUAUCGGUGGGACAGGAGACUCAGACUGGGAUUACUUGUUGAACUACGACGAGCAUGUUGAACAAGCUUUGCCUGAUCCAGAUGGAUUUAUUGGAACUCAAGAAGCGAGAAAUUUUCUUGGAAGAAAAAGCCCUAGAUCUAUAACGAGAUGGAGUUGUUUGGAAGACAUUAUGGGCGUCAGGCUCUGCGGGGAACGCAUUCCUGCGUUAUGCAACAGGCCCUUACCCACUCUACCAGCCGACUAUGCGCUUCUCAAGUCAGAUGUUCUAUCGACUCUCAAGAAUGUGUCCUCGUGGAUAUCAAACAUCGAAAUCACAAACUCUAUUCCUAACGAUACGCUGGAAGAUGGCCAUUUAUCACUUCUUCUAAGUCCCGAAGAAGCGCACGACGUCAUUUUAUUGCCAGGGGUGACUGCAAUGCCUUUCGCGGAGGAAAAGCUGGUAGUUCGGAAACUUCAGUUAUCAAAGCCAUUAGCGGAAGGAACAUCGGGAACAUGGCUGUCCAGAGGAUCGUCGUUUGCCGGAAUGGUGGUUGCGACAUUUCUUGGCCAGCCUUUGGCCCUUAUGGUCACUGCCGAGGACAUUAUGAAUGAUAUGGGAUGUUGGUUUCCAAUCGAGGAAAAUACUGAUGCGCCAAAGCAGCUGGUUAUUGAUGACUCGAACGCCCAAGCAGCGUCCGGGAGAGUGUCUGAAGCCUACACCGUUUUUGCACCUUUGAAUCGGGAUUCAGUCGAAACAGAGAAAUCAGUACACACUUUACUCAAAGAACCGCAAAGUAUAUCCAGUCGGAGUUUACAUGACGAGUCACAGCCGAUUACAGUAUCCUCUCAACCACCACUGGGAGGAAAGAUUCGGAGUCAUGGGAAGUUUACUCGAAAUAAAAUCAACGUGUGGUAUUGUUCCAAUUGUUCAUAUGGCCCAUGUAGCGAGCAUACAGAUACACACUGUCCCCAAUGUGACCACUGGCGCUGUCACUAUUGCCGAAUAUACACGAUAGAAGCUCCUAGAGACCGCUAGUAUUAAUAGGGAUAUUCGCCCUGCAAACGUUUGCUUAACUCUAGGUAGAUUCGAAUUUCGAGAUACUAGUUACAGUGGUUAUCAAACGUCUAAGAAUAAUGAGGCGAGACGAUCCGCCACUCGGCGCGAUCGGCCUCUUCCUCAAAUAAAUAGAUGUAUUAAAAGCC